UUUUUCUAAUAGAAUGGCGGUGUUUGUGGAGUCCAGUUUUGUGUGGCGUUCGCUUUGAGAUAGUGGCCCGUGGAGGGUCGGAAAAAAAGAGGAUGAAUUAUAUGCCCGGGACCGCCAGCCUCAUAGAGGAUAUAGACAAAAAACACUUGGUUUUACUGAGAGAUGGAAGGACCCUUAUAGGGUAUCUAAGGAGCAUUGAUCAAUUUGCAAAUCUUGUGUUGCAUCAGACUGUGGAGAGAAUCCAUGUUGGGAAGAAGUACGGUGACAUACCACGAGGAAUAUUUGUUGUGCGUGGAGAGAACGUGGUUCUGCUCGGUGAAAUUGACCUGGAGAAAGAAAAUGAUACCCCUCUCCAUCAGGUCUCCAUAGAGGAAAUCCUAGAGGAUCAGCGCGUAGAGCAGCAGAGCAAAAAUGAAGCUGAAAAGCUGAAGGUACAGGCCCUAAAAGAGCGGGGCCUGUCCAUCCCCAGAGCAGACACACUGGACGAAUACUGACACUUUACCAUGGACAGUCUGAUGCUAAAUGAUUGUUUAUGUUCUGAAAGUGAAAAAAAAAGUUUCUUGGUUUUUUUUUUUUGUUCAUCAGUUUGUUUAUUUGGACUAUUGCAGUGCACUGUAAAAUAUCCAUUUACUUUGGUUAAACCGUUGCUUAGAAAUGGCUAAGCUAUACACUCAAUAGCACUUAUGUUGAAGAACUGCUCUGCAAUUUUGUUAUGGGGAAAAUCCCAUUAAAAGUUUCUUUUGUCAACGCUUUAUUUUUUAA